AGUGAAAUGAAAAAUAGUUUCAUCGAAGCAAAAGCGAAACUUGAAUGUGUUAUGUUGCUAACACAAUUUAAUUCACGUUUCUGAAUUAUUUCAGAUCUGUUUGAACAUCUGAAUAUUAUAAUGAACAUCUUACACCCACAAUUAGUGUGGAUUGAAGACAGAUGUUACAGAAAAUUACCAAUCAGAAAUGUUGAGAAGAAAUCAGAAGAUGUCGUGGUUUCAAAAAUCGCAAUUGAAGAUGAAGAUGAUGACUAUAAUAAUUUGGGCAUUAAAUUUUUAAAAAGCAGAUUUUUGGUGACAAUUUCAGUACCAAAUCCACUGAUGAAAUUUGUAAUUGGAAGACAUAAUAAAACAAUUAGUUCUAUUGAGCAACAAACUGGAGCCCAACUUAAAGUCCUUAACAGAAAAGCUGAAAGACAAACAAGUGAAAUUGGUAAAUUAUGUACUGCUAUUUAUUACUGAGUUCAAUUUUUACCU